UUAAUUCCAGAUAACUAUCGCGUCCUUGGGCGCGUUGUUCAUAUGAACUACGUGAAAGAGCAGUUAGAGACUGAACACAGUUUGACGUUUGCUGUCACCCAAGAGGAAGUCAACCGAUUCAAUCUGGAUGUUUUUGCGGACGUGGUGUACGUUGAGGUACGUUUUUAACCCUUCAAGCACAAAGCGCGACCAACAUUCUGUGUAUCUUUAUGGUAUUUCUGCCCAGUCAAACAUAUGGAUUGUAAGAAGAAAAGAAAUGAUCAACAAAAGUAAAGGUAUUGAUUAAAAAACGAAUUCUCCUCGUCAGUACCGUAGGAAAUGUGUGGGAAACAGUAAGGAGAAUAUGUUGAACAUUACAAUUGUUAAGCAAUUUCUCCUCAUCGGUACCACAGAUUUAAAGGGUUAAACCAAGGAUUCGUUUGGCAUUCAAUCUACCGAAUAUUGAUGCAUGAUUAUACAGCAAUUUGCCGUCAGUUGUCUAUAGAGCCCAUGUAAAUGGCUAAGCGUAGUUUGGGAUAUUUAUAAUUCCGGCCUAUUGACUGUAUUGGUUUCCCUCUAAAUAACAGCUAUUCUCGUAGGUUUCAUGGUUCUUACCAGUAAGCCAGCCGAUGCUUUUGAAUUCAAAUACAAGCUAUUGACUAGCAGUUAGAUUUACUUCAUUUUGUGAUGCUCUUGUUUUUUCAGGGUAGAAUCGCUUUUCCUGAUAUCGAAAGGUUAAAAAUAUACUCGCGUAACUUAGUUGGUUCUACAGGAAGUGGCUUAGAUCUGUCUGCUCCGAAAUUGAACCAAGUCUUUGCAAACCGAGUUACGACUGCAAGUAAUGGAGAGAAUGGGAGAAACGGCGUAAAUGGUCCAAUAGGUAAGUAGAGCUAUCCGCCGACCAUACAAAUGAAGGAUGCGGUUCUUCUAAUUUGUAAGGCGACUGGCAAAAUUUCUCAGCAUUUUCAGACUUUCACCAUUAACUUUUUUGUAAAUGGUAAACAAUAUACACGCGCUCAAUUUCCUCAGUUUGUGUGAGUCAUCUUGUCCUUAUAUUGAUACUCUUUGACAUUAAUUUCUUUUUUUUGAUCAGUUGAGAUAUACGCUGGCAACGUUCAAGGAAGUUUCAGCGUCACCGCUAAUGGAGGAGCUGGAGUGAAAGGACAAGAUGGUGGACCUGGACAGGAUGCAGCAGACAGCAGAGUUACAGUAAGUUUCUAAAUGGAUAAUGACACCACCAAAAUAUGCAACAAAUGAGUUCCAGUUACAUUACGAUGUGAUAGCGAACCUGCACCAACAUUUAAUUAAAAGGUAGCAUUAUCAGUGAGCGUGAUUCAGGAAAGACUCUCCAACGGAUUUGACAUUUUGAGAUCUAUCAGCUAUAUUCCUAAUUAUAAAAGGAAGCUUCUUCAUUACAAAGAAUCGUAGUUGUGCAUGUUUGCAAUACGAAAGCUUCCCAAUCAAAUGUUCCCUGGUCUAUCAAUGCCCUGAUAAGUAGUCGCUUCGCUUUCAAAAACUUCCACAAACUCACAUUGAUGCAUGCGUCAGUGUUCUAAGUCUCUUUCCUUUCAAUUAGGAGCCUAACAGGGGGGGUUCGGAAUGCUCUUCCCAAAGUGCAUAUGAUUGUUCUUCAGUUGGCGGAAGACCCGGCAAAACAGGAGCAUCCGGAGGGAGAGGGGGAAAUGCAGGGAUUUCAGGUGAAGAAUUUCCCAUUAUAUUCAAGUUUCAUUUUCAUUGCCUACUACUGCAAUCGAUGACGAGUGGAUCUGUUUUGCACAGAAAUGAGCACGAUUUUGAUUUGAUAAAUUCUAAGAAGUUAUUUCUAAUUUCCCACUUUCCCAUCUUAUUUUUCCUCGUGGGAAUACUAGGAUCCACUGGUGGUGAGGUAAUACCUCGCAAUAUUCUUUUGUUUUUUUUCUUUAACAUGCUUUUGUGAAUCAAAUUAUGUUGUUAAUGCUGCGUAACUAGGAGGAGGGCCCUGUGUUUUCUCAAUGUUCCGUUUAAGUCUAGGCAAUUUCAACUUGGCUGGUAAAAUAUUGUAAAAUUAAACAAGAACAAGAUUUUUUUAUCCUCGUUAAUUUUAUGCUGUUCAAAGGAGUCUAAAAACUCAAGCAUUUCUUCAUUUUUUCUGGUUCUUAGCUUAACAUUAAUUGCUAUAUACCAACCUGAUGGAAGUCUGUAUUGGUAAAUUAGAAUCAAGAGUAGAUUUUAGAUUUCUUUGUAGUUUCCACGAUGUAGUUGGUAAAUAUUUCACCUCUAUUGAGUUGUGCCUUUUCUCUUCUUGCAUGAGUUCUUCAUUCAUUUUAAGGGAAUGGUGGAAAUGCUGGUCAGAUAUUGUUUCAUGCGAAAAGCUUUAAUGGAAGAGUAGACGUGAGGUCUUGCAGGGGGGCUGGAGCACCACCGGCAAAUAAUGGACGUGGCGGAAACGGUAAGAGAAGCUGCAAGUUUGUAAUUCGAUGGUUUGCCUGUCGACUGUUGAUGCCAGUUUUACUGUAAAUCUGCAACAAAAUUGAAGGGACAAUCACAUCUAUUGAGGAUGAACAUUUUCUGUUCGACAUGUCAAGUUGGCGUUUCAUUCUUAUACAACUCCAUCUCAUUACCAGGGAAACACAAAACAAAAUUAACACGGCGAAUAAGAUAAUUAUUAUAUUCAUAGGGUAUACAUUUCUACUGUCUCAAACCGAUAUCUUGUCGCAAUAAUGCCUUUAAUUUCUAAACAGGUGGUCUGGGUAGCAAUGGUGGAUUUGGCAGGCGCUGCUAUAGCACUCGGAUGGAACCAGCUGCCCCCCUUCCUUAUAAAUGCCGAGAUAGGGGAAGCGAUGGUAGACGUGCUAAACGUGGAAAAAGGGGUAACAAGGGACAGCCAGGAACAAGUAAGGGAAAGCGCUAUGUGUAUUUAACUAAAACUUUCGGACCGUGAAUAACUUUUUCUUCUGUGGGAAGCAGUCUCCUUUUGGCAAAAGGCAUUCGUCUCAAAACAGCUGUCACUUUCAUUUUUGAGUAAAGAGCUUUCGCUUAACUUUGAUCUCAAUAACGUUUUUGACACUAACACUUCAAAUCUUGAGUAUUUCGUGAUCAAUUAUCACUGCUUUACAUCUAUCUCUUACUUUAAUUCGCCGCGUUUAUUGUGCUUUUCGUUACCUUUUUUUAUCCUUGACAUUUUGGCAAAUGUUGAUAGGUCUUGAUAGUUCUAAUUAAGAGAAUGUUGUUUUCUUUUAAGCCGGGUUAAAACAAAAGGAACAAGAAAAAUCAAUUAUUUAUAAACCAGCAAACUUUCAUCCACUGGUCAAUAAAGAAUGACUUUUUAAAUAUGUUUUCGUGAUUUCUAGCUCCAACUAAGCCUGGCAGAGAUGGCACGGUAGAUACGUCAUCGAUACAACCAGGAGAACUAGACCAGGCUGGCAAACACAGUUACCCAAUGGUACUUCUCAGAGUCAUUAAGAGACAAGCUGAAGAUUUGCUUUGGAAAGGAGAGGUUACCCAAGGCCGUGCGGCUCUCGAAUUUCUAAAAUGGGUGACAGGUGAAAACACUGAUCCUGAUGCGGCUGCUAUAAACAAAGGUACGAGUUACUGAACGUUUAUCUUUAAGGACUCACUUUUUAUUACAGAGGGUUCACUCGGUUCGAAAGAUAGAGGCCCUGUCAUAUAGUUCAUUGGGUCUAGCACAUUAUUGUCCGUGUUAUGGACGUUGGUUAUUGUUUUUCUGACCCUCCUCUCCCCUCCCCCCUGGGAAAAGACAGUUAUGCUUGACAUUCAAAGUGGUCCCACAAGGAGGCUACGCCUGUAAUAUACGUUCGGAAUCAAAACGUAAUAGUUCGUUGCGUAAAGGACUGGUGAUUGAUUAUUAUGCCAUUUUUCUUGAUUUUGUAGCUGUUACACGAAAGCUUGGUUUUCUAGAAGUAGAAGGGUACGACAUUUUUGGAAAGAAUGAGUUGUUUGCUCCUCGAAUUAAGUGGGAAGCGCUCAAGACGAUAGUGGAAGGCAUCAAGAACACAGCCUCUGAGUACGAACGAGCUUAUAAUGACAUCAAGGAGUCUAUUGAAAGCAAAUCAAACUUUCAGAAGGUGGAUGAUGAUGAUUAUAUUUAAAAUGAUCAUGAAAUUUAAUCACCAUUUGAAAGAGUCUAAGAGUCAUGAAAAUAGAGAUGGUAAUCUAUGAAAUAAAUAAAUGUGUGGGCAACCCUUAUUUCCGUAGUUAUCUUAAUUACUUUGGAGAGUAGCAAACGUCGAUCGUGACUAUAUCUUAAGUAAAAGGACAUGUUUGUAUACUUUUGGUCAAAAGUUAAAUAAUAUUUGGUCGACCCUAACCAUAGUCCGACCGUCUCUUCUCCAUUUUUUUCCCUUUCAUUCAAAUGGUACUUUUUGUAAAACAGAUUUCUGUCAAGAUGUCGACAUUAGCCCAAUCACAAGUUAAGGCAGAAAAAGAUCGCUUAAUCGAAGCCAAAAAUAUCGCCGAGAGUGAGAAGAGGCUCUAUGUUAAGGUUUGUAUUGAAGCGUCCAAAUUUAUCAGGUGAACACAAUCUUAGCUAAACUCACUAUUUUUGUCUUGCGGUGUUACUAGUGCGGUCCCGUAGUAUAAUUGGUUUUAUUUUUCAAGUUAAUAGAGGACUUCUCCUGGUAUGGCCCAUAUUCUGCUUCUGUUGUCGAUACUAAAAAUCACUUCCAACACACCAAGGGCUUACACGGUCUAACGAUGGUGUAGUCGAGAGGCAUACGAACGUCUGCGUAUGACGUAUGACGUAUGACGUAAGGCUAAUGAUAGUGGUUGCACGACUACAACCAUCCGCACUGACGUAGAGUUUUUCGUGAGCUCGCGUUUGAUUAAAAAGAUUUAUAGCUGUCAACUUAUUUAUCUUGUUUUGGUAAAUUAGUCAUGUCAGCUUUUUGACAAUCGAGGGAACAGAAUCUUAUCAAGUGACGUUAUGCAAGUAAUCGAUAAGUUGGUUAUCAUCCAAUGCAACCAAGUUAAUGUUUCUUCCAGGCCAUCAAAGAGCUGGAGAACGAAAUGACAGGUAUAACCGAACAGAUACGAUUGAUUCUACCUGAAGCACUAAGAGCUGCUAAGUUUAACGAAGAUGAUUUUCUGGCAGUUCUUCAAGGCAUUGUGGGUUUUGCAGGAGCAAUCAAAGAUAAAAAUCCUUUGGAUUUCAUCGGAAGUGCUGUUGGACUUGCACAAGAUUUAUCAGGCAAAAGAUGCCCCUUGGGGACCCUUGAAGACAAUCUUGACAAACUCGAGAAAUGGCUGACAUUUGGGAAAGCUUAUGAAGCCUUACAAGACUCAAGCGAUUUGGACUUUGACCGUGUUGACAUUUCUGCUGUUCCAGAAGUGAUGCAGGUAGUAGAAAAUUGAAUCUAGUAGUAUAGUACGCACUGAAUCAUCCCUUUUUGUUGCGGAGGAAUACACUAACGCCUGUGACUUUAUAGCCUUUCGUCAUGCGUUGGAAUCUCAUUAUUUUAGGAGGCUUAACCGGUUGGACAGGUUGCUUAGCUAUUAUUAGGUCGAUAGAUAUCUACGUUUUUGAUUGGUUGACUAAAACUAACAAAAGGAUUCACUGAUUUGUUGAUUCAUGUUUUCGAAAGGAAUAAGCACUAAUUCGCCGGUGACUUCAAAUAAACAACCUGUUCAACUGGUUAAUAGCACAUGAGCUUAUCUUAAAGAGAUUCCACCGCAUUUUAUUCAUAUGAUUAAUACAAAAGGCUAUGACGUCAUCAUCGUCAAUGUAUUCUUCCGUAUAGGAUUAUCCAGUGCGCCCUGUACUACAGAAGUUUGAUUUAACAUGAUAAACUAAGACUUCCUUUUUUUGUAAUGGUGGUAUUCAGUUUAAUUGAUAAAUUUAACCAGUUGUGCUCACAUGUUCUCUCUUUUCCAUAUUAGGCGGAUCUGGAAAAGAACAGUCAAGGUUUUGCUGCUGACAUGGUCUGCCUCCUGGAAGAGGCAUCGAGACCACGUGACGUGGUAAUUUUUGAACAAAUGAUGGAGUCAUUUUUCACCGUAGGAGCGUCUCGCAUUGAUCUUAUAGGAAAGGUCAUGGAUUUAGAUAAUGAAAUUGGUGGUUACAAUUUUGAUAUUCCUCUCCUCGAGGACACAGAAGAGGCCAUUACACAAUUAGGACGAGCGGAAGGUAAACGCCGACAUGUUUUGACGAUUUUUCAAGCGCCACCGUGGAAACCAAAAGAGAACUGGAACCGAAAUGCGUCCCGCAAUUGUUUCUCACAAAAAAUGAGGUUCAUGAAUGAUGCAUUGUACUCUUUGCGAGCAUGUGUCUGUUUUCAGUUAUGAUAAAAGAGUUUCUUUAAACGAACUAGUACUCGUCUUAAUUAUGAACAGCUCUAAAAUUUCAGGGUACGUCAUUGUUCGCAAGCUUGAGAGUUAGGUGUGUCCUUGGCGGACGCGUAAAACAGGCAUUUUAGUUUUGUUUUCUCCCUACCACCACUAGAUGUGUUUGGUUGUGUGCUAGCCUUCUUAGCACCAUGGCUGACGUUACACAACUUGAUUUAUUUACAAUUUCCUUUUUCCAAGGUGGUGAAAUUAGUAAAGACCUCCAAGUCGAGUUCUUAGACAAUCUUCUCAGCACAUAUCAAGAACUUGAGACGUCUUUUAUGAGAGAGGUUUAUGAGCUGCACAAAGCGUUCAGGUUCCGCACGCUCUGGGAAGGCACAAACCCUCUGUCUUUAUACCAACGUGUAGCUGUGGAAAGUGCUCAUGGAGUAGGCCGACUUAAUGGUAUCUUAGAAAUUACAAAUGUCCUUCGAAAUAUCGAACAGACCGAAACGAAAGCUGUCAAGUGCUUUACUAACAACGUUUAUACUACUGAUAUUCAGAAAUGGAGUUUUGACAAAACUCGCAACAAAGGGGUAAAUAUUAGUUCAUCUUACAAUUUUUAUAUUUAGCGGUUUGUUGUUGGUAUUUAAAAUGCUAUUUGCUCUUACGAAAGGAUGAAUAUCUAGUAAGCGUGUGUGUAAGAUUUAUGCAUCGCGGUUAUAGCUAUUACUGGGGAUCUUUACACUGAUAACUAUUAUAUAUCGCCUUUAUGAAUUAUAUCGAAUUAAAUACUUUAUUAUCUUCUCUACUAAUGGAGCUUUUCAGGGAUAAUGAACCGAAUAAUUCUAAUGGAACAUUACAAGGUUACGAUUCCCAACUGUUAGGAGGCGAAUCAGUUGGCUAUCAUACGAGCGUGGCGAAGGAUUUGAAUUCGGGACUAACAAGAACAAAUCCAACAAGCGGUCAGGGCGGGAUUGACCUCGGGGCCUCCCGAUUACAAUUCCAUCCCUCUAACCGCUCAUCCACUUCCUCCUUUCUACAAACCUCCACGAAAGCACUCUAUCAGGGUUCUCAAUAGAUUUUUAAGUAGGAGGUGAUCCUUCAGCAAAGCCACAGGUGUCAAAACAAAACAAAGAAAAGCGACUUAAACACAAAAACCUCCCACGAUCAAGCUAUUGAGAACCCUGCUCUAUUAUUGGUGGGAAGCGAGUGCUCUCUACGGUGCCACCCUUGCUCUCCUUUAUCGCCUGAUUUUUUUUUAUGAUUUGUUUGAAUAGAUGUUUGCCGAUCUCGAGCGAGGCUCAACUCGGUUUACCAUCAAAGUUGGUCAAAGCUGCGCUUCCUGUUACAAUGUUCGACUUCUAAAGGUACGUUCUCUGUAAAAGUCAUAAGUUCUUAAGACGAUUUAUUGACGGCGGCAGAGAGAGAGGAAUCAGAAGUGUAGGCUAACCUAGUGAAGACAAUGAAUCAGCGGUAGAUCAAGCAGAAAAAAUUCUCUUACUUGAGUGGAAAGAAAUAAAGAUCAUAAAUGAGUCGUUUAAGCCUCCUGAGUUAAUUGUCCGAUCCAUCCUACUGAAAUAUGUUUAUCAUAUUCUUAAUUUCUCAGCUGUAUGUUGAGUUGACUGGUACCGAAGAACAACCCACCAAUGUGCCCGCUACAGUUCAUUUAAGGAUCCGUCAUCUUAGUGGUUCUUACUUUCGGGCUGGAGACGACGAGAUAAAGGAAUUUCGACAACCCCUUGGGUCCUUCAGGAAAAUAAAAUUCAGAAGAACAGCUAUCAGUGAUGAAACAAGAUGCACAGGAGAAGAAAGAAAAGGAAACAGUAUGUUCAAAGAAAUUUCUGGCAUAUAUUUCUGAAAAUUUUUGGGUGGAGCUGAGCGGCAUGUCUCCUGAAGCCCCCCAAAUCUCUGGCGACUCCAUAUUAGACCUGAAAUGCCGCCAUUUUGGUUUUAAUGAUGAUUUAGGCUCUCUGUCACAUAUUAAUAGGACUGUUGAUUGUUGGUGGAAUGUUGUUAUUGGGAAAGAUUUAGUGUAGUUAUGUUUUAACAAAACUUAGAGGGAGAUCCUUACUUUCAAGAUGUCCGUGGAGCAUUAUCAUACUAGCUAAUACUCUUUGCAUAACCUAGACAAUUUCACGUCAUCUUCUUCUUUCCCUCUUUUUAUGAAGUUACCAGUGCUUUCUAUCAUUAGAGAACUCCAUAUUUUGCGUCACCAACAACGAUUACCGCUGGCAUCCGAUGUGCAGCCACCCAUUGAGUCAAGGUUCUUGUGUGGACCAGCUACUGGGGGAGGAAGAGUGUAGAAGUCCUUUCGGGACUUAUGAGCUGAUCAUACCAAAGGACAAUACUCUAUCUUGCGAUCAACCGGGCAUAAGGAACAAAAACUGCAAGGAUUUAGAUGUAAGUGGUCGUAUAUAACAUCCUCAACAAAGCAUUUUGUGUACGUCAGGUCUAUUACUACCACUACCAGUGGCGGAUCCAUACCUUCAGAUAAAGGGGGGGGGGGGGGGGGGGGGCGGCCCCCCCAAUUUUUUUUUCGGCCCUUCGGACCUCAUUUUGGUCUAAAAGUGGAUCCGCCACUUACUACUAGGUCGGCCACAGCCCAGCCUUGACAAGAUUAGGGCCUCUAACUCCCGACUAGAGUCUACAUCAGCGUCUCGCUUUAAGAUAUCGUCUAAUGUUGAUUUUGUUCUUCCUCUACGUCUAUGGCCGUGCAUUGGCUCCCAAAGGACGAGUUUGUUUGCUGGGAGGUAGGGAUUUCUUUGACAGUGACCAGAGAGUCUCAUCCUUCUUGCUGCUACUUUAUCUCCAACUCUCGGUCUAUCAGUUUGUAAGAAAUAAGACGAUUUCGAAGUUUUCAUUUAUUUAGUAGAUGGAAGAGUUUUUAAUGAAGAGUCAUUCUUAAUUAACCUCGGGGAAACCUAGUUCGCGGUGCUUUAAUGCUGGGCUGCGCUUAGCACCCAGCUACUAUUAUAAGGCCAAAGAAAAGUUCAAGCUGAAUUGUGGAAAGGGAUAAGCCGUAAGGCCGACAUCAUUGAUUUACCCGAAGCUCAUUAUGUAAAUUUUGGUCGUCUGAUAAAUCUGUAAGAUCAUACAGUUGUUAGGACAAGAAAGUAGCGCAAUCGGAGACGGUUUAGCAUGGUUCACCGAAUUCCUUUUUAAUACCAUGGUUCUUAUUUUCAGCUAACGAGGUUCACCAAAAUGCAUGUGUGGGCGCAAUUCUUGUACUGGUCAGAGGAUUACCCCAAUGGACCAAAUGAUCGUAUAUGUAGGACACCCUGGAAAACGGAACUGGAAAACGAACCUGAGAAAUAA